GUGAACAAGGUGCAUCUGCAGCCCCAAGCCAUGUCCUGCUACACGCCGUGCCGGCCCUGCCAGCCCUGUGGCCCCACCCCGCUGGCCAACAGCUGCAAUGAGCCCUGUGUCAGGCAGUGCCAGGACUCCACCGUCUUCAUCCAGCCCUCGCCCGUGGUGGUGACCCUGCCCGGGCCCAUCCUCAGCUCCUUCCCACAGAACACCGCCGUGGGAUCCUCCAGCUCUGCUGCUGUUGGCAGCAUCCUCAGCUCUCAGGGAGUGCCCAUCAACUCUGGGGGCUUUGGCCUGUCUGGCUUGGGCAGUGGCCUCUGUGGCUUCCCCUGCUGAAACUGUUCCACCCGG